CAAACCGUCGGAAUGCUGCUGUGGCGCGGCAAUUCAUAAAACACUCCCUACGCAAGGUGGGCGCCUGCAGUCGGAGCUGAGCGCUUGAACAAGAAAGUGUCGUGUUGGUGAAACUAGACAGCUUAAGGGCCAGCAGCAAGGCGUUUUCAACCGACGUAUUACCGUAGAAGCAGCACGUGGAGACUAGUGAUUGACGUGAUUCUGUGUGAAUUUUGUGUACUUUACGCGUGUUUGCAAAACCCCCGUAGGUAAACCCCACUUCCCCACGUAGGCAGAGGUAGAGAGAGAAAAAAAACCCGGACAAACCACAGACUCAAGAUGAGUGCCCGCCGAGGACUGCGUACCCGUGUCUACGACGCCAACAUGUGCAUGGUGGAGAACAACUACCGAGCAGCCCUGGAGCGUCUGGAGAAGAGCCGUCGUGCACCGUCACUGGAUCGGGAGGUCGGCAAGGCACGCGCUUCGCCCUUCAGCCGGUACGACUUCAACGGGGCCAGCGUCGACGAGGAGCUGCAGGCCGCCCGCAGCCGCGCCUCGAAGGUGAUCCACGAGAAGUCGACGAUCGACCACCGGGCGGAACAAUUCCGCAGCUCCAGCCUGGCGCCGGUCUCGCUCAGCUCGGCGCUGCUCGAGAACGAGUUCGACGAUCAGGUGCAGGCCACACUCGAUCGGAUUCGGGCCAGCAAAAGUCUGCUCAGCCAGCUACAGUCGGACGAUGCGCUCGAAUCGUACCGGAGCGAGACACGCUCGAAGCUGAGCGAACAGACGGCCCGCAAGUUGGCCGAGAAGCUGUCCACCGAGGAGGAUGAGUUCGUAUCGACCGGCAUGACGACGCGGAAGGCCCUGAAGAUGCGAGCGGCCAGCGAAACGGCCAAGAGUGCCCUCCAGUGGAAGGAUGAAACGGCCGAGACGUUCGCGAGCAAACGGGCUAACGCGACCCGCGCCAGGCUCCAGGACAUCGACCACGAGAUCGAAGAGUUUGAGCAGAAGCAGGCGGCCCGGGCCCGGCGUUCCGCGCAGCUGAAGCAACUGUUGGCCGAAACGGCCGCCGAAGAUCUGGUGCCGGCGAGCGUGACCGCCCAUCACGAUGGCAGCAAGGUUACGACCGGAGUGGUUAAGUUUAAGAGCACGCAAAAGAAGAUGGUUAGCUUCUGAAGAGAGAGACAGGGAGAGAGGGAAUUCGUUUAUGUUUUUGAAUCCACACAACCCGCGUGCUAGCGUUUGUUUACUUUUACUUUCCUCACACACAAAUAUUACUACGUGUACUCCUUUUAUCGUGUAGGCCAAGUAUGUAUAGUCGAUAAGUGAUCGAUAGUGACCCCCGCGGAACACUCGAGUGCUCCAAGUGGUCGGCGUCGGCAAGAUGAAUGUGCAUGUAUCCUUUCUGCCACUGCGCUGCGGUUCAAGCGCGAAGCAAAACCGCGCCGAUGUUGAAAACAGGAUGAAUAAUAAAUGAUGUUUAUUUAGCUGUG